AUGAGCUCACAGGCACAGGCGGGGCCUUCGGUGCCCCAGGAGAAGGAGAAGAAGGGCUUCGGGAAAUUUCUCUCGAGAGCCAAGACGAUUUUGAAGAAGGGCGAAUCAAGCAAGUCCAAGUCUGGCGCUGCCGCCACCAGCGCGACAGCCAAUGUUCGCACUGCUGUUCAGCCUCCCAAGGCUACUGCCGCCCAACAGGCCGCCGCCGAGCAGGCUACCUCCAGGCUGGAGAAUCCCGUGACGGAAGCCGUCCAGCCGGCUGAGACGACCGAUUCUAAGCUUGCGGAUCACGAGGGCGUCCGCAAGGUCCAGAGGAAGGAGCUUUUUGAGGAGCGUGCACGAAAGCUUGGCGAGAAGUACGGCCUGGAGAUCAAGCAGAGCGAUUGGUUCAGCACCGAGGGUACUGCACUACGCGUCGAGAAGCCCAUCCGCAUGCGCGUACAUCGCAACUGUGUCUCCUGCAACGCUGCCUUCAGCUCUGCCAAGGAGUGCCCCAACUGUGGUUCCACCAAGUCGAAGCGCUACCCUCCCAAGCGUACCGAGGCCGAGAAGAUUGCGAGUCGUGAGAGGCGCGCCGCCAUCCUGAAGUCUAACAAGGAGAACCCUCCCAUCGUCCCCGACUACGGAUACUACCCUGACGGAAAGGAGAUUGUUCUCAAGAAGCCCAGCAAAUGCGGUGGUCAGGAUCUCGUUCACAAGAAGCCGCGCCAGAGAAUCCGAAGAACCUGUCACGAAUGCCAAGGCCUGUUCAUUGGCGGCAGCAAGGAGUGCGCCAAGUGUGGCCACGUCCGUUGCACCGACUGCCCUCGAGACCCCCCCAAGAAGGACAAGUACCCCUUUGGCUAUCCUGGCGACGUGUUUGGCCCCAACGCCAUCCCACACCACGAGUGCCACGAGUGCAGAAAGAUGUUCCCCGGCGGCGUCGCGGACGGCACUGCCUGUCUCAAGUGUCAACACCCCAAAUGCGCCGACUGCCCGCGACUCAAACCCCGCAAGGUCGAACCAGAACCAGACCCCGACGUGCUCAGGAGCGUCCAGGCCAAGCUCGACGCUCUCAAGAUCAGCUAG